AAGAGUUCUUCGCGCUACAGCUGACUCAGUUAUCCUGUAAACAGUUGUAGCGGCGUCUGAAAAAGGAGCUUAGAGACAGGCAGCGGGACACCAUGACGAUAAACACACUACCCAACGGGACCACUGUGACAGAACUGGGUCAGUUUCUGAAAAACCCACCGGAGGGUUUCACCGUGAAGGCCGUGGGCUCGGCUUACCAGGUCCAGUGCGGAGAAGAGAACCUGGUUUUCAUCGAUAAGUUUCACUCUGGGGAUUUUGAUGUAGUUUUCCAGAACUCACUAGGAAGGAAGCUUAAAAUGCAUAACUUGUGGGAGUAUACCAGCAUGAGGAAAAGUCUGCUGUCCAAGAGGAUCUAUGUGUUGGUUUCUCUCUGCGAUCAAAAUAUGCUAGAAACCAGCAAGAAGGGGCCCAUAAAGCCCAGAGUUCUGCAGGAGUACGUGUUGUCCGUCAAUGGUGGGAAUCCGAUGAUGAAGUGGCAGAUGGAGAGAGGCUUGGACUGGACCAUCUCCUCCGUGGCUGGAGAGAGCUACAGGGUGGAGAUUGACUUGAGUGAAGUCUUGCAGAGCUUGGCUGCUGAAGGCCUCAUUGCUGAGAACUUGAUGAAAUAUAAUCCAUCUUGGAAGGAUGCCUCCUUCACCCUGAAGUACUACUCUGAUGCCCUAUUUGACUUCCCUCACUGGUUCGGCCGCAGCAAAAGAUCAUUUCAGCUGAAACUGAUGAGAAACACAUGAGGGAGACCAUAAGGAUUGUAUCUGCUAAGUUUUCCAGCAUCUGUUGCUGCACAUUUUUAGGAAAACUGAAGAGGAGUGUUCUCAUCAGUGAAUGAGAAGCCAAUCAGUUGAACUCUGCUGCUUUGUCAGGAGUUUGGUAUUUGAGCUGCUGGCUUGGGAUUCAUCUGCUGGUCAGUGGGUGGAAAAGUACCAGCAAAGACUGAAAAGAAAUGUGGGAUGCCUUUGAGAUUAGUCAUAUU